AUCUUUCUACGACUUUGCAAAAUAAAUUUGUUGCAAUAUUUUUGUUUUCUUUCUUUAAUGUGGCCAAGAUGUCUGCAGAUACAACGCGAAAAGCGUACAAAUACACAUGUAGUAUGGUUCGACCCCAAAUGUACAGUGAGAAGUCAUUGAUGGAAAGCGUUGUUGACUUCUUCUCUGAUGUCGUCCCACAGGCCUACAGCGGUUACCAGAAAAGUGAGGAUCGGGAGAAGAUUCAGUGGGUUCGCUUUGAAAACUGUGACGUCAAUGAUGUUGCGAAGAACCCGGACAUGUUUCGCUCAGACACGAAAGGACUGCCUCUCCUGCUCAUACUGGGUUACAGUAACGGGGUCCAGAUAUGGCACAUCACUCCUAAUGGAGAAGCACAGGAGAUCAUGUCUCAGCGACAAGGUCCGGUCCGUAUCUGCCGUAUUCUUCCCAACCCGGACACAGUAUUUAGUCAAGAUGGAUACACGAGCAAAAGACCGCUUGCUGUCAUAUGUGAUUCUUCAAGCGCCGGACAGCCAUACUGCGGGGUGAAGUUUGUGUCUCUUAAAACCGGGGAUGAGGUCCACAGCAUUAGCUUCAAAACGCUGCCUGUACAAAACAUUGAGUGCAAUAAAAGGUUCAUUGUGAUGGUUUUCCUGGAGAAGUUGUGUGUUCACGAGGCCUGCAACUUUAAACAGCUCUUCUGGAUCACAAGCUGCUACCCAUGUCCGGGCCUCAGUUCAAACCCAGUGGCAUUGAGCACCCGAUGGCUAGCGUACGCUGACAAGCGCCUCGUGGCCAUGCACCAGUCAUGUGGGGGUAUGUCGGGGGAUGGUUCACAGUCAUAUGCAGCCACUGUCAUAAGUGCAGCUAAGGGAGCAUUCAAAGGUUUGUCGAUGUUUGGGGAGGCCAUUGCAAGCUCCGUUACGGGCAGCAAGCCAAGCCCUCCAAAACGGGACUACAUGCAGUUAGACAAUGGAAACAGACCUGGCAUUGUAACUGUGGUCGAUAUACAGGGUGUACAUAAUGACUCAUUUAAUGUCAAUGAAGACAAUGAAGGUGGGGGCUUGAUCGCCCAUUUCCAUGCCCAUGCCAAUGAGCCCGUGUCACACAUGGCGUUUGACCCCACUGGUACCCUGCUGGUGACAGCUUGCAAGCUGGGCCACAACUUCCAUGUGUUUCGUCUGAUGGCCCACCCAGUCAGCUCAGCUCUGGGAGCCGUACAUCAUCUGUAUACACUUCAUAGAGGCGAGACCACAGCUAAGGUGAUUGACAUCAGUUUGAGCCAGGACAGUCGCUGGGUGACGGUGAGCUCUCAUCGAGGUACCACCCAUCUCUUCCCCAUCACCACAUAUGGAGGUCCGGUGAAUGUACGGACCCACAGUCAGCCACAUGUGGUGAAUCGGGCGAGUCGGUUCCACAAGAGUGCGGGUCUGGAUGAUAUAGACCACACCCACUUGGACAGACGCUCACCCGUCCUCUCCACAUCGCCUAGUCACUCAGGCCAGUAUGACCGCUACCCAUCCUUGAUACAGCAGAAUACCCUCAACAACAACAUGGGAAACCCAAGACUGCCCCCCUACCCCCACCCCAUCACCAUCCCUCCAGCCUACCAGGUGAAACAACCCCUGAAUGUAGUUCUGAACCCAGCCAACAAGAACCAGAGCCCUAGCCACUCCCCAACAGGACAGGACAAUGUCUACAGUGUGUGUGCAAAGUUCUGUACACCACGCCUCUGUGUCAUGGGCUCUCCAAAACUGGACAUUGAAAGAAGAGAGGGUGGGAAGCGACCGGUUGACUCACUAUACGUGAUGGCCCAAUCUGGUACACUAGUGGAGUAUGUACUGGAACCACGUGCCCGCGCCCCUUCUGACAAGAUCACGGACGACUGCAUGCUUGUUCUCAACGUUGCUGGCCGUGUGCAGUGGAACCUUGCUAGACUGAAGAACUCUCCAGAACUACGUCCCCCGUUGCCUAGCAACAGUCCCCUGAUUCUGGCCCACGAGGCUGUGGUCUCCCAGAUCCCUACUGCUCCAGACCUGUAUGACCUACCUGGCCUGACACGCCAUGACUCCCGUGACAGUCUGUCCUCUGACCACAGCAAUGCUGACUCCGACGAUCAAUGGCUAUCACAGGUGGAGAUAAUUACCCAUGUUGGUCCUCACCGGCGACUGUGGAUGGGCCCACAGUUCUCCUUCAAGACGUACCAGGAGAACACAACGGUCCUCUCCUCCCAGAGUUCAGCACUACUAUCCCAAAGUCCCGAGUCAAACAUGGCCGCCAUGGAUAUCGCCCCCGGCGAUGAGGGCGACCUUGAGAGUCUCAAACUGCAGCCGACCAGAUCUAACCCUGUGAGCAUGCCAAAUGCCCGCCCUGCAUAUAGGAGACUGUCGGCCAGUGACAGCAGCCCAUCCCAGGGGCAAGGGGUAGUGCACCAGGGCGGGCCGCUCAUGAUUGAGGCUGGGAGCUUUGAGCAGUCUCCGCACCUUCUAGAUGUGUACAGCAACUGGACAGAGUCGACGGUGGUGAAGCAGCCCCAGGGUAGCAACGACCUCGAGGAAGACCGCCUGAAGGAGAUCGCCGACGCUAUGGUUGAGUCACCAGCUAAGGACAUGGAAAAACUGUCACUUAGGCAACAUGACCUUCCAAGAACAAGUCUAAGUGAGACAAUGGAUCAGCCUAGAACAGCAAGUGAGACAAUGGAUCAGCCUAGGACAGCAAGUGAGACAAUGGAUCAGCCUACAAAAGCAAGGGAGACAGCAGGAUUGGACAGGACAUCAAGGAAAGCACUAGAAAGAGAUUUGGCUGGCAAGAAACCUGCCGUGUCAGAGGCAGAGAAAGGAAAGGAGGCUGUGAAGGAGGAAAGAGCAGUGAAACCAAAGCUAAGUGACACAAAAACUAACAUUUGUGAAACUGUGAGUGUUAAAACUAAUGCGAAAAAGAGCAUGGAUGCUUUACCUAGUGAUAUUUGUAAGAGUAGUAAAAAUGCCUGCGUUGAAGUAAAUGAUGAAGCUGUUAAGAUAACCAAGCCCAAAAAGAUUCCAGAAAACUGUAGUAAAGAUGAAAAAGAAUUUCCAAAUAUUGAUACUGCUGCUGUAGAAAAUACUGUAGAGAAUAAAAAAUCAAAUGAUUUGAAAAAGAAUUCUAGUCUGCCUGAAAAGCAUGAUGUUAUAAGGGAUAAAUCUGAAACAGAUGAUGUUGGCACCAGUAAUGCCAAUCCGGAGAAUGACACAAGAUUGGAAUUGGCCUCGAAAGGAAAUGUAAUGACAACCAGUACUAUAAAAAAGUCUGGUAAAAAAGGUAAAAAGAAAAGAUCUUCACCAGAACCCCAAGUCAAAGAUCCCAUCCUGCCUGUCCUACCUCAGUCUCCCUCAACAAGUGAAAUUAGUGAUCCUAAAUGGGAAGACGGUGUAAGUCAAAGUCUUAAUGUCAAAACUGGUAAAAUUGAUGCUAAACCCACUGCCAAUGUGGUACCAGAAAUCACUGCCAAAACUGAAGCUGAUAACACUGCCAAGAAGAGCAUUGAUGCCAAAACUAUUGUACAUGAAGUUAUAUCUCCUUCCUCAAAGGAUACAAAUGUCUCCACAAGUGAUGCCAAACAACAUGAAUCUGCUGAUGCCUGUACUGUGAAACAAAAAGAUUUUAUGGAGAAUUUAGACAGUCAAGUUGAAGCUCAUGUUGUGGCUUUGUCCGAAGAAAGCAAUAUCAGUCCUAAAAAUGAUUUGCAAGAUACAGUUUUGUCUUCUAAAAAUGAUUUGCAAGAUACAGUUUGGUCUUUUACUGGUAAACAAAGCAAAAUGAAGAACAGGAAAGAGAAAUCUCCAACUAGUUCAGGAAACCAAACUUCUUGCACUGCAGUAGAGGUCAAAGCAACAAGUGAGGAUGAUUUACCACUGUUUAAAGAGGAAAGUGAAGUUAUCCAAGAAAUUGAGACACUUAAUGAAACUAUAAAUGUAUGCCAUGAAAUGAAAAGUAUAAUGCAGUCAGAUGAGAAAGAAAUUGAGGUUCAGAAGGAAAUCAUUGAUGACAAAGAUGACCGUAACAUACAAAAUGAGGAUAUUUUUUCAGAAGUUAACAUUAAGAAAAAGAAAAAACAAAAGAAGGGGAAAGAUACUCCAAAUAGAGAUGCUGACUUAGUGUCCAAAACUGCCAAAGAAGAUGAAGUGUUAAAAGAGGAAAUGGAGCUUGACAUUCAAGAUAACCAUGCAUUUGGGGAGAACUCACCUUUAGGUGCUGUGAAACAGGAACAGGAGAAUGUAAAUCAAGAAGAAGAACAGCUGAAGACAUUUGAAAAAAGCAAUAUCUCAGACGGAGAUGGAAAAGGAAAAUUUGACCAAGAAACUAAAGAUGGGGUGUCAGCUGAAACAGACCAUAGUAAUGACAUAUCUGUAAUUGAAAUUGACAAGGUCUCUUUUGAAAUAAAAGGUCAGCCUUUAAACAAAGACACAGAUGACAUGAAUGCCUGUGGUGUGAAAUUUGCUGAUGCUUUAAGUGUGAAAUCUGAAGGUAUGAAGGAGGUUAAAAAGAAAUCCAGAAAGAAGAAGAACCAGCCUAGUGAAGAAAGUUUAUUGGAGAAUAAGAAAGACAAAUAUGUUGAAGAGCAACCAGGUAUAAGUAAGGAUGCUGAAGAUAUAGUUCCUGGCAUGUCCAAUGUUGCGUCAAACUUUGAUGUUAAGACAUAUGAUAAAGAAGACAGUGGGACUAGGAAGUGUGCCAGUGAAACAAGGACCCAGUUUGAUCAAGAAGUAGGGAAGGAAAGGAAAAGGCAGAACAAUAAGCCCCAGACUGAAACACAGAAGUAUGAUUAUAAAGACAAGGAAACAAAGGAACAAAAUGAAACAGCAACAAUGAAAAGUUUUCCAGAUCAAUUAAAAAUGCAAGAUAGCAGUAAAUCCAAUUUGAAGCAAAUAAAUAAAGACGUUGGUGGCAAAACUGAAUCUAAUAUGCAGAAAGAUGUAGUACAAGUGGUUGCGGAUGAUGUCAUAGCAUCAGCAGAAGAUGGCUUUGCAACACAGAAAAGAAAAUGCAAACAAGCUAAAUCCAGUAUGAAAAAAGAUGCAGUACGAGUGGUUGAGGAUGAUGUUAUAGCAACAGCAGAAGAUGGCUUUACAACACAGAAAAGAAAAUGCAAGAAGAAAAAAAACAUGGAAAGCCCGACUGAAGAAGAAGUCUUGGAAACCGCUCAUGCAAAAUCAAAUGACAAUGAUGCAGAAAAGAUUGAAAUUGGAGUUGAUUCCCAUAAGAAUCCAACUGAGACUUCAGAAGUUUUAGAUGUUGAAGUUGUAUUAGGUGAAGUAAAGAGUAUGAAAAUAAAAACAGCAGAAACUACAUUGACUGGUAAAAUAUCAGAAGAAACCAGGUAUAGAGCAAACUCUUCUGAAAAAGAAAUGUCUGACAGUUUAGAAAAGGAUGAAGAAUUUGCAGAGGCUCGUGAAUACGGAAGAAGUUUUGAUUCAGAGGGCGAUUCCAGGUAUGAAACUGCUGAAGAUGACCCAAGUGUCUGGGAGAGAGCUGGACUUGAAGACUCAAUUAUUGAAGUCAUGCAUGAAAUUAUUGAUAUUCCUGAAACAGUGACUGACUCACUUGUAGGUAAAGAUUCAAAGGCUGGAAAUGGCUUGAAAGAUCCAGCUCAAUAUGUUGAUAUUGCUAAUUCUGAAAUGACUGUAGUAGAGUCGGUUAUGAGUUCAAAAGGGAAAGAAGAUAUUGGGCAAAAAGAGAAAGUUACCGAUUGUAAUAUAGUACGUGAAACAGUCGGGGCAUCAGCUGAAUCUUCUGGAGGAUCAGCUAGGAGCUCCGAAGAAAAGGAGAUAGCGGGGAUUAAGAAACAAGAUGGCAAGAGUAAGAAGAAGAAAAAGAAAAAUAGGAAAUAACUUUUUAUGUAGAUUCUAUUGCUUACACAAGGUGCCCUUCCUGUACUGUUUUUACUUUGCUGUGUGUAUAUGUAUUCGUUCUAGUAGCAUUUCAAGUCUGCCAAUUUUAUUUGAAAUGAGAUAGCCUUUUAUCGCUUUACACUUUAAGGCUGUUAUACAUUGUAUAUUGUGUUUUUAUGUUUGUUUAGUUGUACUCCAAUUGAUAUAAAGAUGCUUAUCAGAUAAUGACCACCCUCGAGGAUUACCUACUUUGUUCAACAAAAAUUGUAUUGAUUCCAAGUGCAUGUGUGUUUGUAUGUUUGGUUAUGUGACUAGAAAAUUUCUCCAUUGGUUGUAUCCAGCUCAUGUGACUAGAAAACUUCCCCAUUGGUUAUGUACAGGUCAUGUGACUAGAAAACUUCUCCAUUGGUUAUGUCCAGGUCAUGUGACUAGAAAACUUUUCCAUUGGUUAAACUGUUAUGAAUAUUUAUAUUAAGGUGGUUUAGCAUUAUGUCAAUUGUGUGCAUAAGUCUAUCCAGUGUUGGAAAUAUUUAUUUAUCUAUUUAUUUAUUUAAUUGGACUGUUUUUGGUGAGUGGUGAGUGACAUUGUAUUUAAUCAUAUUUUUAAACUGAAAACUUGAAGGGAAAAAAAGAAGAUAAAAUGAGAAAAAUAUAUGUAUAAUUAAAAAAAAUAUCAAUAAAAUAAAUUCAUAUAUAUGUAUAUAUCAGUAGAUUUAGUGAUAACAUUUAUUCAGAACAUAAAUUAAAAAAAAAUAUCAAUAUAAAAAUAAAUUUGACUGUUUUAUUUUUUGGAUUUAAAGUAUAUUUGUUUAAGAGUUCAUUAGUGAGUGUGUUAAAAUGAAAAUGAUGUGGUUUAUGUUGCCAACUGCUACAAAUUAUUAUGUACGUUAGAACAUUGAAUGAUUUACAAUGUUUGAUAUUUAUACAUUGGUGCAUAAUAACAGUCUAUGCAUUUUAAUUUUACAAAAUGUAAUUUUUACAUAAGAUUAUGCCUUUUAAUAUCACUGCCAUAAUUUUGCCAUUGUUAUCUAAUGUGUAUACAUGUUUUAAUGUAGGGUUUUAGCCAGGUUUUUAAAAAAGGACAUAGGGUGCUACAGAAAAGGGACAGGGUGCUGAGGGACAUAGGGGCAUAUCGGGAAGUGAAUAAUUAAAGCUUUAUUAAUUUCAUUGAACAUGUUAGAAAUUGUGCUUCUUUUGAGUAAUAUUAGGUUUCAACUACUUUAUACUAGUAUAUGUAAAGUUGAUUGAAUACAUAAUCAUAUUUCAAGUUUUAAUCAAAGAAAAAGAAAUAUAUGUUAAUCUUAAGCAUUUAAUACUUUGAAGGCAGGAGGGUGCACAUUCUGGUCUCCAUGAGGCAGAAGGGUGCCUCCAUCAAAGGACAGAGUGCAGCACCCUCCCAUAAUCCUUUACCUAAUACCCUGCUUGUUUAGCUUGUUUGAUUUACAAAUAGAAAAGUCACGAUAUUGUCAAAGCAUUGAUGUCUUCAUUGGCGUUGUCAUUUUCCGAGUCUUGCAAAACUGUCCUUUGAGCGAAACAUUUAAAUUGCAUGAGAUAUUAAAACUUAGUUCACAAGUUUUGAAUUACAUAACUUAUAUGUGAAGAAAAGCCAAUAACUGUAUAAAGUAACUGUGCUCCAGCCAGGAUUUGGAAAGAGCAGAAUGCUUGGUCAGAAAUGGCAUUUUUGUUGCGAAAUGAAUGAGCCUUAAUGGGGCACUCGCAAGGGCCACUAUUAAAUUCUUAUAGUGUAUUUUUUGUAACUUCUUUCAAUACUAAUGGUUUGUUAUGAAUACCUCAGCUGUUAUUAUUACAUAAGUGUCAAAAUAAUGAAUAUUUAUUAUGUUUAUACUUAUUUUUGAAAAUUGAUUCUGUCUGUCAAACUAAGCUAAAGGGCACAAUAGGGUGCAGUAAAAUGCAGCAAGGUGCUGAAAAAGGGCAGCAGAGUGCCCCCCCCCCCCCCCGCUAUUUAAGCCUAGCUGGAGAGCACUGAAAUAAUUGUUGCGUUACGUACUUAAACAGACUGAAGAAUUUUAUGCUGUGUCGUCUCUAUGAAAUGAUGUGAAAAUUGUGAAUUAAUUUCCUAAAAGGCAAUAUAUGUUGAGAAAUGGCAUUUUUUCAGAAGCAUUUUAUUCCGACUUAAAUAUCGGUUGUUUAAUUUGUGUUUUUCAAGUAGAAAAAAAUGUAAAUGCAUUUAUUACAUAUACUGUGAUUUUUUUCUUCGGUUUUAUAAGAAUCACACAAUUGAAUUGCUUUUGUUGUUACUUUAUAUUUUAUGUGGUUCCAAUAAAGCAAACAAAAUUAUGA